AUCCUUCCGCCCUGACAGGGACACCGUGGGAGUGUACAGAUCUCCUUUAAUGGGCGAUAACAACCGUGUCGAUAUGGUUGGAACUGUCACCAUCGAUUGACCUUUCUAAAUGUCGAAAGCAUUAUCACGUUGGAAUAAUGGCUGACAAAAUGACCAGAAACGUUUUUGGUGUUAUAAUGAUGUCCGUUUGGCACGCUGUGAUGACCCUGGUCAUGUUACCAACAAUUCUGAUUCAGUGGCUAACAGGGACCGUUACUACCCAGCCUCCACCGCGCCGAAAGAUGGCAAGCAACGGCCAAUCAAAAAAUGGAUGCUCUGAAGGUCCCAUUACAGAAGAGGACGUAGAGAUGCUUAAGCGCAGUUGGGAGGUGCUGGGAGGGGACAAAAAGACUAACGGAGUGAAGUUCUUUAUGAAAUUGUUUACGAUGCAUCCCAGUGCAAAGGAUUAUUUCGCGGAUUUCAAAGGCGUCCCCCUGAAAGACAUGGAAUACAAUGGGGAAACGACGAAAGCCAACAGGAGGAUGGUUGCGCAUGCCACGAGGGUCAUGUACUCGCUUGAGUCGUACAUUGACAGCCUGGAUGAUUUAGAGUGUCUAAAGGAAUUGGUGAGGAAAAUCGCAAUAACGCACAAACCAAGAAACAUAAAAGCGCCCCAGUUUGCGCUACUUACGGACGUACUGCAUGCGGUGAUUGAUGAUUUGGUUGGAGAGCAAUCAGACGAUGUAAAGAAAAUGAAAUCUGCUUGGACAAAACUGAUGGAACAAGUAUGUAAGAUUGUGGAAGAAGAACAAAGGGACAAAUAAGAUAAAACAACAACAACCUUUUUGGAAUGUCUAUCCUUGCUCACAUGAGACUGGUGGCCAAUGAGAAUGGGUCCAUGUCUUCGUUAUCACGAACUUUGAUACUUUGAAGACACUAUUUAACUCGAACGAAAAAUUUCAGUUCAGAUAGUAAAAAUUCUAUAUAAAACAUACCUUAGAUGCUCCGAUAUGUCGAAGAUUCUUCGUUACUCCAUUGACUUCGAGAUACAGAUAUUCGGUUUAUAUUACAGCUGUACAUUUACUUAAUUAUGAAUGAAUCUACCAAUGGAGAUUGUGCGUCAUUCAUUUUCAAAAAAUCUAUAAAAAAAAUAGCAUCACUGUUUGAUUAGUUUAUAUGAAUCAGUGCGUGUGUUUUCGGUGAAAGUAUAUUAAUGUGUUGGGUGGCCUCCAAAAACAAUAUCAAAAUUUGAACAAACUCUCAUCUUUAAAAUUAAACUUUGCGAACAGUGAAUGCGUACUGGAUAUCUAAGAAAUAGAAGGUGCCACAUUAGUAGUAAUAAGACAAACCCUACCCCGACAUACAUUAACCUACGAGGAAAAAUAGUCCAGGAAUACACUUUACACUUAUUGUGAGUAUUAAAAUUCGAUUAGAUGUUUAAUACUUUGCCUGGAAUUCGUAUAAUAGUUUCCAUGUUCAAAACAGAAUUUAAUUUUUAAGCUAUGUCCCUAGAUCAAAUGAGAGAGUACAAUAUCAAAUCCCAGUGUUGCGAUGGUAAGAAGCAGAGAUACGUCCUGCUUAUACCAUUUCUAUGCUUUAAAUAUUCCACUUUUUAUAUACCAAAUUGGUUUUAAUAUAUAUACACUGUGUUUCGGUGUUAUUAGUGUUUAAGGAAUAAAGUUUCUCUUCAUCACUACUUAAGGUUAAUACUUCUAUAUUUUACGAUACGACAUCCAUUGGAUUCCCUGACGGAGAGCUGGUACAUACGUGGUGUUCCUUGCAACGUUAGAAACUAAUAUUUUCUUUAUAGAUAUGAAUAAUAUAUAAAAUGGGUAAACGGCCAUCAGAGGUAAGAUAUAUUGAGAUUAUGUCGUGUGGUUUAGAAUGAGCAAUUUGCGAUGAUUAUCAUUCGUCACUGCCAGCACAUGUUCAUGUUGUACAAUAUGUUUAUAUUAUUGCCUAUUUUUUAUUGCCUACUUUUAAGAUUGUAACUUGUUCGUAAUAUCCAUAUUUUUGUACUCAUGUAAAGGCGGGAUCGAUCGAUCAUCAUCACAGGUCAUAGUGCAAUCACAUUUAUUUGCACUAUUUAAACAGGCCAUUUUAGUUUUAGCACAAUAAUAAUAUAAAUAUGUAUAGUUAAUUAAUACAUAUUAACAUGUAAAUAGUGAUAGAAUAUAAGUUUUAUGAAUCUAUCAAAUAUUAAAAUAAUCUAAAUCGGUAUGGUUUGUAAAUCAUGCUGACGGCUGUGAAUAAUGUUGUUCUAUUUGACGUCGUGAUAGCAAAGACUUCUGUCAAAAUAUUGAUAUUUCUGUUUGGAUCUUUUAUAUGUAUAUGUAUAUAAAUAUAUAUAUGUAUGUGAGUGUGUGUAUGUGGGAGUGUGUGUGUGUGUGAGGGUGUGCAUGUGUGUGUACAUAAAAGUGAGUUGUAUGUUUCUUUAUACAAACAGAGGCUAUUAAAAAUAUCGAAAAGGCGCUAGCAAUAAACACAACGCUCACUUCAUUAAGACAUUUAUCUAAUAUAAAAAUGGAAACCAUGCGUAACAAAGAAACUAUUGUUGGUAUAUGAUGGCUGUAUCGUAUUAACAUGGGAAACAAAGAAAAAGACAAGGUAUAUCAACAUUAUAUGGAAACACUAAGUACAAUAUAUGUUUAAUACUGUGACGAGAAAAUUGUGUUUAAGUAAACAUAUACAUGUAAUUGAUAAAUAUAACAUCAAUAUAUAUUAGGGUUGUGUUAAAUGAUAUUUACUAAUAUUAAAAUGGAAACUAUGCUUCGUUUAUUAGCUGUUCACUCAUUUUUUUCAAAUUGUUGAGAAUACCUAAAGCAGCCCUAUGUUGAAACCAAUUCAAGUCACAAGAUAAAAAAUAGAAAAUAUGAUCUGCACGCAUCCUGGUAAUUCUCAAUACAAGUAUCGAUAUUUGAUAGUAGUUAACUUAGUAACUGGGAAUUAGGUUUUAAUAAAUGAAAAUGAAUUGUCAUUAUAGGAGGUUAUGAUUUGGUAGAAAUCAAACUGUUGGUACCCAUGUUGUAAUCAUAAUAUUAUGUAAAGAUGUACGUAUUAAGAAUGUAGCCGUGAUUUAUAAAUAAAGUCUAACAAACAA